AUGAGCUCUCCGACGUACCCUGAGGGCAGUCAGUGGAGCCAAAGGCCUCCUUCUACAGGAAAUCGGUUCCGAACAAAUCCACAGCGUUAUCGACAAUCCACAAUCUCUUCCUCUUCGACGUCUCGUCCUUCUCCUCUACUGGACGCCCAUGUGGACUCGAGGCAUCAAGCAAGACCGACAAAAUCGAUUGAAAAAUGUGAACAACAUGCAUGUGCAAAUAAUGGACCAAAAAAGACUCGACGUCACCUACCCCUUACUGUCACCGUCUCCAACGAUGAUAAGGAGUCAGUUGCAUCAACACUAGAUGACUUUGACUACUUUUGCAGCAUUUCCUACUCUCCAAACAGUAAAGUGACCCCAAAAUACACGGCGGAGACGACGCAGAUGAAGCGUCAAAGAAUGCGCGGAAUGCGAAGUCACUCCAUGCUUCAUCCAAACGAGGGUAGUUUUGAAUCAGGUACAGACGAGUACCUUGUCGACCGGCGGUCCUUUAGCAGGACUCUCACCGGUUACAAUCAGGAUGUGAUUGAGGAUUUGACGCCAAAACGCAUGUCCGGCAAUACCUCACGGCACAAUUCAUCGGUGAGUUUGACCCAGGGCGGUCGGACCUCGCACUCACCCGCGAAAACACCCAUCAUCCCCCAGCCACCACCCCACAUUCACACGGGGGGUGGACAGUCUCCUCUCGGAGCGGCAAUCUCACAGGAGGCGCUAGACGCUGACGACCCAGAUCUGGUGGAAUUUAAGGUGCAGAUUGUAGGGUCGCCCUCAGUUGGAAAAUCAACAAUCUGCCAAAGGCUCGCAAAUUUGAAUGGCGGAAAUAACGACGACUUUAAUGAAGACAAUGACGACGAAUUUCAAGCACUCUCGGUGAAGGCGACCUUAAACGGAAAGAUCUUCAAAGUUGGCUUCUCCGAGACAGUCAUUUACUCUGCGGAGGAUUCAAUGAAUAUCGAGAUCCAGGAGUGCGUAGAUGCCUACGUGGUGGUGUACGCCAUCGACGAUGAAUCGACCUUCGGAUUUGCCAAGCGCGUUCUCCUUGCCCUCCGUGACAGCAUUCAGGAGAAUUCCCUCCCACCAGCUGGCUUCAUUCUGGUUGGCAACAAAUUCGACCUUGUUCGAGGACGCGAGGUCAUGGCCGAGGAGGGCUGCCAGUUCGCUGCUUCUCAAAAGGCCAAAUUUCUCGAAGUAUCCGCCGUUCUGGACCACAAAAUACCCGAACUCCUGCUCACCAUCAUCACGCAUCUACACGAGCUCGAAAACGCCAAAGGUCAACGACCGAAACGACCGCCGACCAACGAACUUUGGGGGACCAGUCGGAAAAUUGCAGUCAACAUGGCUGGUUUCGGGAGUGCCAGCGGCGGCGGCAACUGCAGUGGCUGCGACGGCUCCUCCCGCCUCAAUAAAGAAACCGCGAAGAGAGAAAUUGUCAAGUUCUUUAGGAAACACUUUUCCAAAUCUUUUGCCGAAGACUCGACUGGGAGCAGAGAUGCAGGGGGAGAUUAG